AUGAUAUUAUCUCGAGCAAAACCAGCCACUGAUGUAAGAGUUGGAGGAAGUAGCUCCGCAAAAAAGCAGUUCCCUGAACUCGAAGAUUUCCUCCUAAAGCGAGAUUAUAGUGGGGCAAUUACUAUGCUGGAAUUCCUAACCCACGACGGGAACAAGUCAGUGUGGGUAAGUGCGUGGGUCGCGUGGUGCUGGUUCCACCUGGGUGAAUAUCGACAAGCACUGGACAAAUAUUUGGAACUACGCGGAAGAGAAAACCUGGAUUCCAGACUGGCUGAUAAUAUUUCCCUUGAUAUUGCCGUCUGCUACUUCUAUUUAGGAAUGUACAAAGAGUCGCAGGAAACAAUUGAAAAAGCGCCAAAGUGUGCUCUUAAGAAUCGUCUUCAAUUCCACCUGGCGCAUAAGUUGGGUGACGAAGAAGCUUUAAUGCAAGCUCACGCCACUUUACGAGAUGUACCCGAAGACCAGCUCAGCUUGGCGUCUGUCCAUUACUUACGGGCGCACUACCAAGAGGCUAUUGACGUAUAUAAGAAGUUAUUAUUGGAUAGGCGUUAUAAAAGAUAUGAAUGCGACGAUAUGGACUGGAUCAAGGUCCUUGCGAAUUCCCCUUGUACGUAUAUGGCGCUGAAUGUGUACGUGGCCUUGUGCUACUACAAGUUGGAUUACUACGACGUGUCGCAAGAGGUCCUCGGAGUGUAUCUGACGCAGCAUCCGACGUCCACUAUAGCGUCCAAUCUCAAGGCCUGCAAUUUGUUCAGACUGUACAACGGGAAGUCCGCAGAAUCUGAAUUAAAACAAAUAUCGACUGAGCAACACACUUUUGGACAAGACCUCGUCAAGCACAAUCUGGUCGUGUUUAGGAAUGGCGAAGGGGCUUUAAAGGUGCUUCCAGAGCUUGUUGACGUAGUACCAGAAGCGAGGUUGAACUUAGCUGGCUACAGACUGCGCCAUCGGGAACCACUAGAAGCUCGCGAGCUGCUGGAACCACUACAGCCAACAUCUCCGCUGCAUUACAUUCUUCGUGGGGUCAUCGCGGUUAGACUUUAUAACGAAACUGGAGAUGAAGAACAAAUGAAGCUAGCUCAGCAGAGCUUCCAUCUGGUGGGCAGUUCUGCAUCCGAAUGUGACACGAUCCCUGGUCGGCAGUGCAUGGCGUCCUCCUACUUCUUGGCGGGACAAUUUGAAGAGGUCCUCGUCUACCUUAACUCCAUCAAGAGCUUCUUCGUCAGUGACGAUACUUUCAACUUUAAUUAUGCGCAGGCGAAGGUAGGCACUGGUUUCUAUCGCGAAGCAGAGGAGUGUCUACUACAAAUCCAAGAUGAGAACAUCUGUAGCUCUUUCACGUAUCUGGCGUGCCUCUGUCGCUGCCAUGUGAUGAAUAAGGAGGCGUAUCUUGCCUGGGAAAUAUGUGUUAAGUCUGCUGGAACCCCAGACAGUUUUGCCCUUCUUCAGCUGGUGGCAAACGACAGCUACAGGAUGGGACAGUUCCUGGUUGCUGCUAAAGCGUUCCAUAUGUUAGACCGACUAGACGGUGGUCCCGAAAUGUGGGAGGGCUUACGCGGUGCUGUCUGCGGAUGCGCCCAGGCCGCUGCUGCAAACAGGCCCAAUUCAGCGACUGAUCUGCGGGAAGCUCUCGCCCUGAUAAGGGGACCGAGGGCCCAUCCCAGAGCGGAGCACAUCGCCAGACCGAUAGCUAAAUGGGCGCAGCAGAAUCGGAUACCAAUAUAA